AUGAGCGACAAGGCAAGGCAAGAAUCGCGGGACGACCCUUCGCAGAUUGACGGGGACAAUAAACCUACGUCGCUAUUUUCUCUUGAUGAAGAAGCAGACUCGAUGCACGGGACAGAGGAGGAGCAGAACGGUGAUACGCCAUCGAGCCGUGCCGUCGAAGAGCAUACCCGAAGAGAGGAGCAUCAUAUGCCCAGAUCUUCACUGCGAUCGAAUGUAUCGUCAUUUGCUGCUCCUACCAAAGCUUCAGAAGCGAAGAAGAACGAAAAGAUCGAGCUUGCUCAGUUUGUGAAGAAACCAUCUUUGGGCAAAGAACUGCCUGGCUGGACAGGUCUUAACAUACAGUCUCAAACGGCCCCUGUGCCUGUUAGCCCACGCCCGAGUCUUAACCGGCACCCUACUACUGGAUCUCCUUCUCCUAAGAACCAUGAUCGUAUAAGCGGCACUUCGUCACGGACGGAGAAGCAUUGCGGAACAAGAAGUCAGAGUCUUGUUUUUGGUGUGUCUGAUGAAGAGGACGUCGGAGUAAGACUAGAAGAGCUACCUGUGAUAGAAAAUGAAUCUCUGGAGGAAGCAUCGUCAAAGCAGCGAAUGCAAGUUGAGGAAGAGGAAGUACAGAAGGAAAAAGACCCGCUUAUACAUGAGGAGGAAGAGGUUGAAGAGAUAGAGGCUUUCACUGAGAAAGAGCCACCUAAGUGUCACGUUGAAGAGCAUGAGGUUGGGUUUGAUGUAUCGCCAGACCAAACUUCUCCCUUGACCAAACAUGGCACAGCGUUGCCAUUAGAAGAAGUUUAUGUCAAGGAUCUUGAACCGCAGAUCGAAAUACCCCAAGACCCGGUCGAAAGCAUGUCGCAACGCGGUACAGAAGAAGACGGGACGGGUGCCGUUGCGAUUACUGCCCACAACAAUGACAUCGCGUUGGAUAAGAUUCUUGCAGAACAGGAAAAGCUGCAACACGAACUUACUCAAGCGGAGACACAGCGUGAUGAGGCAAUACGACAAUGUGGUACAGUACAAGCAGAUUUAGAAACCGUCAAAGACGACACUAAGAAGUUGAAACAAGAGAACGACAAGCUAGUCACACAACUCCGGGAGAGUAAUGAUCUAAUCGCAGCGCGUAAUGCUCGCGAGCCAAACCUACCGGCUCUUGAAGCGAUUGAAGCGGAGAAUCGGAGGCUUCGAGUGACGGUCGACAAGAAAGAGAAAGAGCGGAGUGAUGCAAAUGCAUGUUGUGAGAAUCUUGAUGAUCAGCUCAGGGAUACUCAAGAGAAGCUAAAAUAUCAGGUAAUGUCUAUCAAAGAGCUGUGCCAGAUUGUCGACCUGAUGUCUCGAAGUGUAUCUCAGGGCGAUGACGUACCCAUCCCCCACCCCGACACCCUCAACGAAAGUCUUGCGCAAGCUUCCGAGAUAGAAACGUUGCAGAUCAAGAUCACCCAAUUGAUUGGAACGUUUAAUGAGGAUCUCAAGAAGUGGCAAGGCAAGAGCAGGGGACUGGAGCGUCAGGUAGCGGAUCUAGAAUCCAAGAUUGUUGAACAAAAAGAAUUCAUGGUCGUACAGAAAGAGGAAUUGCUAAGCUCUACUCUACAGAGCCCGCUGCUCUCGCCGGAGAUGCUGUCAGAUAGAGAUGAGUUCAAGGGAUAUUACCAGCGAGAACGACAGAAGCGCAAAGAAAUAGAGCAGGAUCUCGCCGAGGUGGAGAAGGUCUUGUCGCAUCUUCACCCAGAGAACGAAAAGCUGCAGUCUGAUUUCACCAAGGCACAAGAAGAGCUUGCAGAUCUGCGUCCCAAAGCCGAUCAGUUGAUGAGAGACGCGAAUGGGUGGAAAGAAGACUCUGAAGAAAAGAAGUCGCAACUUGAAGAACGCACACACGCCUUCGAAACCAGUACCGAUCAGCAAAGGCAGGAGACUCUCCGAUACAUUAGGGACUACUACAAGAAAACUAAUGACGAAGCAUAUUGGGAAGUCAAAGGUCUACAGAAGAAGCUCGCAACCGUGGAAGAAGAGCGUAUAGCACUUGAACGGAAUUUUGAACAAGCAAAGGUGGAGAACGCGCACUUAGCGGAUGGUGUCACUCGACUACUGAAGAGGAAUAAGAAACGGAACGCAGAUAUUGGGAAGAUAGAAGAAGCGGUCAUAUGCGGCAAAGAUUUUCCCGACCUUUCAGAUGAAGAUGAAGGCUCAUCUUCGAGUUCAGACUCCACAAUCUCAACACCCACUCAUCCGAUUGACCUUGUCAGGAGACGAAUACCCAUCCCACGCUGUCAUCUUCCCAAAGCAUUCAAUGUACGUGAGGGCAAGAUAUCUGCUUACAAGGAAGAACUGCAGAGCAUGCGAGAGCAAGCAUUGUUCAACGCGAGCGUCAAGCCACUCGUGUCUUUCAAAAACAGGAUUAGCGUUGGACGCAAUGAUAUCAUGGAAAAGGUACGUGAAUGGAAGAUGGGAAAGUCCUAUCCACCGAAAUGUUCGGAGUGGGGGGAGCUGAGGAGAAGAAGCGCGUGGGAAAGGUGGAAUGGAGAGAACUGGGCGAAGGAAUUUGCUCAGGGGAAUGAGGUUGACAUUUUGAAACGGAGUGGACUUUGGAAUGAGGCUUGGGAUUAG